AUGGCGUCGUUAAUACCAUUUCUACAAUCUCGAGCCAAUUCGGUCAAUUUUUUCAUGAGAAGUUAGUUUUUUGUCUUUUCGUGAAAAAUUUUCAUCAAACAUAAGUUUUUUUCAGGAUCUGGCCCGGAGCUUUGGAAAACGCUCACAUCUGUUUCGAAAUCUGGACAGAAAAAGGGAAGAAGAAAUACACGUCAACCGGUUCGACCUCUCAAUCGAUUUUAUCGAAUCGGAUCAGGACCAUUGAAAGUCGAAUUUGCUGGAUUGAACUCACCGAUUAAAUUGAAAGAGGAUCGAUUGGCUGAAAUUGUUGAGCAAACUGAAGAUGAAGUUAGAGAAAGUAUGGGAGGAAUUAAGAAGAUUCUUGAGGAAAAAGACACGUGAGUUCCGGAAAAAUAUUGAAAAUCUGUAUAGUGAAAAAACAUUAGCGAAUUCAAAAAACUUCCUGAAUCAUGACAGAAAUCAAAGGUUUAUAUCCGAUCACUUUUCUUUUUGAAAAUAUAUGAUAGUUUUUCUGAAUAUUUCGAACGUGAACUUUAUGACGUGGAAAUUUAAGAUUAAUUUUUUAUUCUAUAAAAAUCGCCUUCUUUUCAUUUAUCAUUUUUUUCAGCGGAAAGAAAAAGCGAAAUCGCGAGAAAUUGCAUCCAAUGGAGCGUGGUUUCUCUGGAACUCAACUCGUCGGUCAAAAACUCGGUCCACCGCCUCAAGUCGAUGGUGUUGAUUAUAGUGAUUUCGAAACAUAUUGUCUCGAAGUCAAAAGAACUUCAAAUAUGACAAAUGUUUUCGGAAGAGUUCACACAAUGUCAGCUUUGGUAGUAACUGGAAAUGGUAAAGGUUUAGCUGGUUAUGCAGUUGGAAAAGCGCCAAUUCAUCGAACAACAACAGCAAUUAUUCAUGGAAUGAAUAUGGCAUCCAGAAAAUUAUUCUUUGUUGAACUUCAUGAAGGACGAACUAUUUAUCAAGAUUUUUAUGCGGAAUGUAGAAAUACACGUGUUUUUGCUCAACGUCGUCCACCUGGUUAUGGUUUGACUUGUCAUCCAAGAUUGAUUAAAAUUUGUGAAGCUAUUGGAAUCAAGGAUAUUUAUGUGAAAGUUGAAGGAUCGACUAAAAAUUAUUUAGCUUUGACUCACGCAUUUGUUACCGGAUUAUUGAAUCAAGAAACACAUCAACAAUUAGCUGAGAGAAAAGGACUUCAUGUUGUUGAAAUGUCACCAUCAAGACAUUUCUUACCACAAAUUGUUGCAUCCCCAAUUUCGACUGAUUUGAAGACUGAAGAAGCUUUAGAGGCGUUGGAUGUAAGUUUUUUUAAAAUAAGAAAAAACAAAAACAAUGCAUUUGACAUGUUUUUUGCAGAGAUUGAACCUUGAUGAUUUUUAUGGCGAAGGACGUUAUCCAUUGAGAAAACCGAAAACUUUACCAUUUUUCUCGAAUUUGGAAGGACAUUUAGAAGCGAGAUGGAGAAAACAUCCGUUUAGAAAUCAUGAAUCGGUAAAUUUGGGAAUUUUUGAAAAGGAAUUUUGAUUUUUAGAAGUUUAAGCUGAGGGAAAUGAGACAGGAACUCUGUUUGAAAAUUUGUGAGAAAUUGUUAACCCGAAACAGAGUUUUGGGCUCAAAUAAAAUUCACUGAGAAAUUGGGAUAAUCCCAAUGGGAUUCAAAACAGAAAUUUUGUUCGAAAAAAAUUUAUGAUAAGUUAUUUUCAAAUAAAUUUAAAAAAAAUGCAAAAUUCAAAGAAAAUCUCAUUUUUUCCAAAAAUAUCUUGUAGUCUCUGUACUUUUCCCUCCUCCUUCCAAGCUUUUUUUUGUUUUCAACAAAAACUUAUAGGCUUAUAGUUUUUUAUCUUAUUCUUCUUCUCCCUCUCUAUAAUAAUGUUAAUCCCCUCUGAAUUGUUUCCAGUUUCCAGAAAUAAUUAGCUCAUCCCUCAGUUUUUGGUUUUUGAUUUCUCACAUGUGACGACACCUUUUUUUCAUCCAUUAAAGUAAAAUCAGUUUACCUUUUAUUUAUUUGUAUGACGUUCUUGUAGAAGCGUGGGGGAUAAUCCGAAAAUUUCGUGUGUUUUUGGAAAAAACACGAAAUUCGGAAAGUAUGUUUUAGAAGGAAAAUAGAACGUAGUCAACAAAUGUUACCCGAAAUCAGCCCAAAACAACUUAUAAAAACUCAUUACUUUCAAAACCUUGAUCUCCUAACUCUGAAAGUUCGAUGAACGUUGAUUUAAAAGUAAUUUUAGUAGUAAAUACAUAGUAGACAAGUUUGGCAAGCAGGUGAUUCUGGAGAUAAAUGAAUCAUAUCUAGUUGCGUUAGAAUAAAAAUAUUAUUCUGAAAGAUGACGUGGAUUUGUGCUAAACUAGCACAAAAAUUGAAAGAAAGUCAGAAAGAUUUAUCAGUUUUCCAAGAAAAAUAGAUUUGUUUUGAGGUUGAAUUAUGAGAGAUUAGUUUGAACUUUAAGUUCAGAAAAUAGUCGACGACAUUGUAGAAACGUGACUCUGGAUCAUAAAGUUUUGAUGGUUCGAAACUUUUUCGGAGAUUCGCGCAAGCUGAUUUUUUAAGAUUGAAAAAUAAGUAUCCAAAAAAUGAAAGGUAUAUAGAAGCUGGAUUCUGAAAUCCUUGAAAAACAUUUCAAUUUUCUUCAAGUUUGUAGAUUAGUCUGCUGUUUUUUUCUUAACCAAAAAUGAUUGAUCAAGAAACUCAGCUGCUAAAUUGCACUUUGACCAAUUUCAAGUUCUUUAUAAAACAAACAUUACUUGAAAAACAAAGUUCUCGACCUAUAAUCACACAACUUCCUCAUAAAUCUCCCACAAAACUACAUUCUAGGCAACAAAUCCAACCAACCUUUAAAAACUACCAAUUUUCCCGACCAAGAAUUAUAUCUUCAACAAAACAAUAAUAAGUAAAUAAUUUUUCUAGGCAAACAUGAAAUAUCCAAAAACUACAAAAAUUCUGAAUUUCAACCAAAAAUCAUGGAACUUCAUGAUAAAUCACCUACAAAUUUCCCACAAAACUCCAUUUUUCCAGGCAAUGAUUCGUAUGUUGGCUGAUGGAAUUGUUCCAAGAUGGACACGUGAUGCUCGUUCAAAUUGGGCAAAUGAAAGACACGAAAGAAUAACAAGUGGUGUUGAACCAAUGCCAAAAGGUAUUGGAUUAUCAAUGGUGGCACCGAAAAAAGAGGAAGAAUAA